AAUGCAUAAUGCCAAAAGGGAAGAAUUUGGAAUUUUUGAGAAUCUUGAUCGAACCUAUUUUAGGUUCCAAAAUCAAGAUUCCCACUUUGUCUGCAAGUAUGAGGUCAUUUUGUGACUCAUAUACAUUAAUAAAAUCUUGAUGCAGGAGUAAGUCAACUCAUGUUAUUAGGGUUGACAUUUGGAGGAUAAGUGUUAAACUAUGAAUUUAUCGAUCGAUCAAAGAUUGUAAUCUUUACAUGUUUAGCCAUAAAAGCUUGUUUUCCUCGAAAUCUCAAAUAAAAAAAACGUUUAGUUUAUUAAUUUUCCUUAACAAAAAGUAAAUAAUAUCUGAACUUCUGAAAGAUAACUCGUGCUUUCUUUACCUUUCUUACAUAUUGCAUGUUUGCCUCCAUACCUAAAGGAUGUUGGAAAGGACAAAAAGGCCUGUUGAAGAUAUUGGUUAAAUAUUCAAAUAUCAUGACUUAGUAGUUAGUUGAGUAUCUGAGAAAAAGUUCUAUAGUUUAUUGUGUGUUUGUCCUUUUUCAUAUGCCUGUUAACAUACUGUUGAUAUUUCCAAUGGUCUUGUGCUUUGUUACAACCAAACAUGGUGGAUUUAAUUCCAAGAUAGAAUGCUCUAUAUGCUAUAAAAAUCUUCUUUUCUGUUAUUAGUCAACAUCAUGAAAAGUUUGUCUCAUUAUAAUUUAUAUGUCCCAUUCUACUUCUGAAGAACUAUAUCUCUGUUCGAAAUUGCCUUUUCAGAAAGGACCAUGGACUUGAUCAGUUUUGGAACAGGGUGUUUUCCUCUGAUGAUGGUUCUGAUAAUUACUAUGUGCAAUCUUUCAGAUUGCUAUGAUCCUCUGGAUCCUACUGGAAACAUUGCAGUUACAUACGACAUUCUUAGAUGGACGGAAGAUGGUUACCAGGCAAGGAUAACCAUUCAAAACUACUAUCAGUAUAGGCACGUCGAGAAACCGGGAUGGCGACUAGGGUGGAUAUGGACAGCUAAUGAGGUCAUUUGGUCAAUGUCUGGUGCUUUUGCCACUCAACAAGGGAAUUGUUCAACCUUCAAGUCCGAAAUUCCUCAUUGUUGCAAGAAAGAUCCUAUUAUAGUCGAUCUCGCACCAGAAGCUCCACCAGAGAAAAGAUCAGAUGGCUGCUGUCAUGGUGGAUUUCUUGCUGCCUCAGCUAUCAAUCCUUCCAAUUCUUUCGCGUCCUUUGAGAUGAAAGUUGGAAACUUGAGGGGAAAUUAUACAGCUCACAAGCCUCUAAAUCUCACUCUAAUGGCUCCAGGACGUGGUUAUACUUGUGAUGAUUUUGUGGACACUGAUCCAACGACAUCUUCGGUUAUAGAAGGAAAAAGACAAGAACAAGUUAUCAGGACAUGGAAAUCAACAUGCACAUACUCAUCUUUCUUGGCCAACAAAUCGCCAACCUGUUGUGUUUCUCUUUCAACAUUUUACAAUCCUGAGAUAACACCAUGUCGUUUGUGUAGCUGUGGAUGUAAAUUAACUGACAAUGAGGCAAAAUCAUGCAUUGGACCAAGUUCGUCAUCACCAUAUGAGCGCGAGCUACUUCAGUGCACUGAUCAUAUGUGUCCGCUUGGGGUUCACUGGCACAUUAAGAAGAAUUAUAGGAAUCAUUGGAGGGUGAAACUGACCGUUUCCAAUUACAACUUAGGUAAAAACUAUUCCAACUGGAAUGUGGUAGUUCAACAUCCUGGUUUUGGCCAGCAAGCAACUGUCUUCAGCUUCAACAAUACAAUGCUCCCAACUGUUGGUGUCCCGGAUGAAGUUGCACUCUUUUGGGGUUUAGAUUUCUACAACGACGCAUUGUUGCAAGCUGAAGAGAAGCAAGUGGGAUCUGUGACGACAGAGAUACUUUUACUCAAGGACAUGAGCUCAUUUACUCUUAGUAAUGGAUGGGCAUUUCCCAGAAGAGUAUAUUUCAAUGGUGAGAACUGUGAAAUGCCUCUUCCACAGACAUUCCCUAUGCUUCCAAAUGGUUGCUCAAAGAAAAAACCUUGUAGCAGCCAUCUUUCUGUUCUAGUCUUGGUAUAUUUGACUUACAAAACACUUUGAGAGAACAUGUAUAUCAGAGCAAGUAGAGAACACUUUGACAUGAUUAACUUCUUGUAAACUUGACAACUUGUACAUGUAUAUUCACAAAAUCUAUUCACACAAACAAAAUAAAAAAGAGGGGUAAAAGAGAAACAUUGUUUGUAAUUGGUUUCUGCACUUGUACAAUAUGUAAACAGAAUUCAGCUUGAUGGCCACGGCAUCCAAUGGU